AUUCCACAAAUGUCCCCAUGUAGAUGAAUAUCAAUCUUAUUUAUAACUAAUCUAACACUUAAAUUAAUUAAAAUAAACUUAUUUUUUGAAAAAAAAUAA